AUAUGAUACGAGCGGGACCUUUGAUUUGAACCCUUCAACCGAAAAAGUGAGAUUAUUUUCUUGAAAAAGGAGGGUUAAAAAUUGGGCUUCAACAGACUCCCCCAGUUCGUACUAGAUUUGAAAUUUGUUCUGUUUUGUCUUUGUUUGUUUAACUUCGUUAGCAAUUGCUUCAAAACCCACUCUUAGUUUCUGAGACUGAGUAUCACUGCAUAGGGAAUUCUUCGGGAUUUUACUCCAUUGGAGGUACCUUCUUCUCAGAAUUGUCGAGUUUUUGGUUCGGACUAAAGGGUCGAUCUGGUUUAGUUAUUUCUCCUUAAUACCACAAAAGCUAUGAGCUUUACAGAGCUCAGUUUUUGUUAGUUGCCUCUCAUAUAGUCGGUCUGUUUCGCUGGAAUGCCAUGGGGUUUGCCUUACAGAAUUGAUUAUUUCUCCAUUUCUGCAUAAUGGGGUCAGCACAAUUAGGAUUUUGAUGACUCAGUGAAUGGCGAUUUAGUUUGCAGAGUCGAUUUGGAACCCUAGAAAGUUCCGUAAUAUGCAGGGUUCAUCUAGCUCAAUGGCCCAGCCGGAGGCCAUUCUUGACUGGCUUCAGAAGGAAAUGGGAUAUCGCCCACUAGGUUCAUAUAGCGCAUCGAGCAAAUCGCAGUUGCCAUCAGUAGAUGCCUUUCGCAAGGUUUGUCGAGGAAAUAUGAUACCCAUUUGGAAUUUUUUUAUCACUCGUGUUAAAUCGGAGAAGACGGUGGAUAAUAUUAGGAGAAACAUAAUGGUACAUGGUGGUGGUGGUGGAGCAGGCGAGAGCAGUAGUGGAGGGUUAGCUAAUUCAGGGAAAGAAGAGGGCAGGGUGGUGAAGGGCAGGAGGAAGGAUAAAGUGGCUGCAGAGAGCCCAAGUGUGGUUGAGACUCGAGAAGUGGCAUUGCAGGAGAGGGAAUUGGCGGCCAAGGAGGUGGAGAGACUGAGGAAUGCUGUUAAAAGGCAAAGGAAGGAUUUGAAAGCCAGAAUGUUGGAAGUAUCUAGAGAGGAGGCUGAGCGAAAAAGGAUGCUUGAUGAGCGAGCAAAUUACAGGCAUAAACAAGUAAUGUUGGAAGCUUAUGACCGACAGUGUGAUGAAGCAGAAAAAAUAUUUGAAGAAUACCACAAACGUCUACGUUUUUAUGUGAAUCAAGCAAGAGAAGCUCAAAGGUCAAGUGUGGAUUCUUCCGGUGAAGUGAUUAAUAACUUUAGUGCAAAUAUUGAGAGGGAAGCUGUUUAUUCAACUGUUAAAGGUAGUAAGUCAGCAGAUGAUGUGAUUCUUAUUGAGACUACUCGUGAGAGAAAUAUCAGAAAGGCUUGUGAAUCUCUUGCAUCCCUUAUGAUUGAAAAGAUACGUUCUUCUUUUCCUGCCUACGAAGGCAGUGGUAUUCAUUUUAAUUCACAAUUAGAAGCUUCGAAAUUGGGUAUUGAUUUUGAUGGGGAAAUACCUAAUGAGGUUAGAACUGUUAUUGUUAAUUGUCUAAAGCAUCCUCCUCAACUGCUUCAGGCAAUUACAUCGUACACUCUACGGCUUAAAACUCUAGUUUCUAGAGAGGUGGACAAAUUCGAUGUCAGAGCUGAUGCUGAAACCUUGAGAUACAAAUAUGAGAAUAAUAGAGUUACGGAUGUCUCAUCUUCUGAUGCCAACUCUCCACUUCAUUAUGAACUGUACGGUAAUGGCAAGAUAGGAGUUGACGUACCUUCUAAAGGAACACAGAAUCAACUUCUGGAAAGACAGAAAGCACACGUGCAACAAUUUUUGGCCACUGAAGAUGCAUUGAACAAAUCUGCCGAAGCUAGGGACAUGUGUCAAAAGCUAUUAAAUCGGUUACAUGGAAGCAGUGAUGUAAUUUCUUCUCAAUCGCUUGGUGUUGGAGGGACAUCACAAAAUGUCGGAGGUCUUAGACAAUUUGAGUUGGAAGUUUGGGCUAAAGAGAGAGAACUUGCUGGUUUGAGGGCUAGUUUGAAUACACUAAUGUCAGAAAUACAACGCUUGAAUAAGUUAUGUGCAGAAAGAAAAGAAGCUGAAGAUUCUUUGAGAAAGAAGUGGAAGAAAAUAGAGGAGUUUGAUGCACGCAGAUCUGAACUUGAAAUUAUAUAUACUGCUCUUCUGAAAGCUAAUACAGAUGCCGCAAUAUUCUGGAACCAGCAACCUUUAGCUGCAAGAGAGUAUGCUUCAAGCACCAUCAUCCCUGCAUGCGUUGUUGUCUCUGAUAUUUCAAAUAGUGCAAAAGAGCUUAUUGAUAAUGAAGUUUCAGCCUUUUAUAGAAGUCCUGAUAAUACCAUUUUCAUGCUUCCAUCAACACCACAGGCACUGUUAGAAUCCAUGGGUGUAAAUGUUACUUUAGGACCUGAUGCAGUUGCUGCUGUGGAGAAGAAUGCUGCUAUAUUGACUGCAAAAGCUGGCGCCAGGGAUCCAUCUGCAAUACCUUCUAUAUGUCGUGUUUCUGCCGCCCUUCAAUAUCCAACUGGUUUGGAGGGCUCAGACGCUAGUUUAGCAUCAGUUUUGGAAUCUCUGGAAUUCUGCUUGAAACUUCGAGGUUCUGAGGCCAGUGUAUUGGAAGAGUUAGCUAAAGCAAUCAAUUUGGUCCAUAUAAGGCAGGAUCUAGUUGAAAGUGGCCAUGCACUACUAAAACAUGCUCAUCGAGCUCAGACGGAUUAUGAAAGGACAACAAAAUAUUGCUUAAAUUUAGCCAUGGAGCAAGAGAAAUGUGUCACAGAGAAGUGGUUACCUGAACUUAGAGCUGCAGUCUCGAGUGCGCAGAAGAACUUGGAAGAUUGCAAAUAUGUCAGAGGAUUGCUUGAUGAGUGGUGGGAACAGCCUGCAUCAACUGUUGUUGAUUGGGUUACUGUUGACGGGCAAAAUGUUGCCGCUUGGCACAAUCAUGUCAAACAACUUCUUGCCUUUUAUGACAAGGAGCUCUUGUAGUACAAAAGCAUUGUUGAUUCAAUUGAAGCUGAAUUGGUCAAAUCAUUCCCUUUGCUUGUAUUUCUUUGUACCACUCACGUUAAAAUUCAUAACCACGUAAACGGCAAGCAGGGGGUCUGGUAAUUGCGGUGGGAAAUCUCUUGUGAUCUUAGUAACGGAAAGGUGUAUACCACCAGGGUGAAGAGUGCAAUGGUCACUAUUUUUAACCAUUUUAUGGUUGGCGUGCAGCUAGGACUCCCUCCUUUCGUUACAGAAUCUGAAUGUCAUGUUUCUUCCAAUAUUGUGUUACAAGAGACAUGUGCAGUCAAUGUAUGGCUUGAGUUUUUGCUGCUGGUGUUGUUUUGCCUGGUGCUUAUGUUGUAUGUAAGGUAGUGAUUCUUUUUCAUAACGAUUCUGAUUGUAAUUCUACUCAUUGUGUGAUUAAUGGUCGUAUUUUAGAGCUGGUUGGCGGGAGAAAGUAGAAAUCUCUAUCUUCUGAUUCCAUUUUUUAACAUGUUUAACACUGACUUCAAAUACGCUCUUCCAAAAAACAUCUACUUCAACAAAGAUUUCUGAUUACCUGUGAA